AUGGGCCUUAUCAAGGAUCCCAUCCCCACCAGGAACUUUCCCCUCAACAUCAGUCUUCACAAGAAUGGGAAUCCACAGGAAAUACUGCGGAUAGCGAACCUUGAAGAAACACUUUGGUCAGAGGCACAGUUAUUGAUACCAAAACCUCAGAGAAAUGUUCAGUCUCCUACCGAUUGGCAAACUUUUGGAGCUACAAGAGUAUGCUUUGUCGAUGGAUCUUGGAAGGAACAAGAUGUUUUUACUGGACAAGUGUGGUAUUGCCGAAAGAUAGAUUCAGAGGACAAGAUGAUGAGGGCGAUGAAUCUCCGACGUAGCCUAUCUCCUUUACACGCAGAAUUUGAAGCGCUGAUUUGGGCAAUGGAGUGCAUGAAGACCCUACAGUUCUCAGAUGUAGUUUUUGCAACGGAUUGUUCUCAACUAGUAAAGAUGGUGUCCUCACCUGAAGAAUGGCCAGCAUUUACUACGCAUAUGGAGGAAUUUCGACGAAGUAAAAUUUUCUUCUCCAAUUUCACUAUUCGACAUAUUUCAAGGGCGCAAAAUACAAUGGCGGACAAGCUUGCACAUGGGGCAAGGAGUUCACCUUCAGCUAUGUUAUAUGUCGAUUCGAUACCUCUAGUUUGGCUUUCUGGACCGGUGGAAUCACGUUAG